AUGACCUCUACAAAGAACAUGACCUGUCCAGAGUCUCCCUACUCGAGUCCAAUCUUGAAAAUCAACUUCGAUGGCGGCAAGAACGUUAUCUUUACGCAUCGGGACAUCCUGCUAAGGGUGCCGGCAUUCUCUGCUCUAGUACUAGAAUUAUACAACAACAACAACGCGCUUACAACCUGCCCAGAAUUAAUGGGCAUCUCCUUCAAAACUUUCCAUGUGCUCUAUCACUAUUUGAACACCGGGCAGUACCAAAGUCUCAAGCCGUUGGGGGCCACCGACGCCGAUAGGUGGUUGCAUGGUUUCGAGACUGCGCUCGAUGUGCACCGCUUUGCCACAAACAUAAACUUGCCAUCUCUCAGGGACUUGGCAUGCGUCGAGCUCGCCAAGAAUAGCAACAACAUGAACCAAGAGUCGAUAUUCCGGGCUAUGGGAGAAUUGAAAGUAACGCUUGCCGAUUUCCCUACACUGGCUGCCUGCAUCAAGACCCGAGAGAUGUAUGCCAAGAAACAGCAAGCUAGACAGGAAGCAAACACCGCUCUUUCUACCCAUCAAUCCCCCGACCCAAGAGUUCAGAAGGCGUUGGAAGACGCAAAAAGGAGGGUGAUUGAGAAUGGGUUCGAGGAAGACAGGAAUAAUAUGGAGGCACUCGAUGCAGUCAUGAAGUGUUUUGCAGACCGCACCAGGAAACUGGAUACCACGGAAGAUACUCCCGUUGCCGAUACUGAUGGCCCACACCCUGUGACGUCCCGCGAUGUGAAUACCGUGUCUGAUGAUUGGGAUAUUCUAAGUCCUACGGAAGUGUCAGAAGAAGAAGAUUUCGAUUUGAAGAGUUUGGCCAUUUCAUGUCUCAACGCUUCCAACAAGAGGAAGUUGGAUCCUUCAAAGGAUAAUGAUAAGAAACAGCCCUGA